CCUCGAAGAAGGAGAAAUCCGAGAAGACCAAAACCCUCCGACCCCAGUAGCAACUCCAGAUAUACUGCAGUAGGUGACGAAAAAUUACAUCUCGAAAACAAAGAAAAGAGUUGCGCCUUAUCCGACCUAGAUAACGAUAACCUAGCAGAUUCAGGAACUCUCGUAGUAAGAGACGACGACGAGACAGAUAAGAGGAAAACUCCGACUCAAUUCCAACCAGCUCUCAAACUCGACCAAAAGCAAGCUCAGAAGCCAAAGAAACAAGCCAAGCCAACACAAAAGCCGCCAGCACCCCCAGUUCAACUUAACCUAGAAGUACCUAACCUAAAUCCGCCUGAUAAUAACCCACAACAACAGCAAAUAGACGACGAAGAAAUGGCACAAACAGUCUACCCAGUCUUUGAUGGUACCAACCCGCGUAAGUGGAUUUUUGACUUAGAAAUAGCUUUUAUUGCCAACAAUAUCCUAGAUGCAGCAAACGCCAGGCGAAUAGGCCUUGCAGUUAUGAACCUAGGUCCAGUGAAAAUGUGGUAUGUCACCCUCAACCCUAAGCCUACCACUUGGGUAAGAGCCAAUAGUCAAGAUGGAUUCAAAGAAUUGUUCCUAGCCAAGUACGCAACAGAAGCUAACAAGGCCCAGGCAUCCCAACAAGCGCAAGCAAGGGUACAAAGACCAACGGAAACAGUAAACGAAUACUUAAGUGCUUUAGAAGAAAUAUGGAUGGAAUGUGGUGACGCUGCGGUCAUUCCGGAAUGGAUAAAAGUUAGCCAAUUCACCAGUGGAUUAUUAUCAGCAAUCAGAUUGCCAGUUAAGCAACAGGCAUCCCAGACCAUGGCCGAUGCAGUGCAAGCUGCAACGAAUUGCUAUUACGCGUUGCAAUCAACAAUCCAACCAUCGCACAGCGCAGAGGUUAAUGAUGCGCUCCUGGAGAAAAUUGCAGUAUUAGAAGUACAAUUGGCAGCAUUGAGGACUUCUCCGGCUAAUACGGGUAACAACAAUAACAACAGAGGAUUCCAGCAAGGCAACAACAACAGCAGACGCGACGGACUAAGAUGUUAUUAUUGCGGAAAUAACGGGCAUGUGCACAGAGAAUGCCGAAUCAAGACCAGAGAUAUUAGGCAGGGAAGAAAACUUAACUGGGCAGCAAAGAAACCGCUUCGACUCCUGAUCGACUUGGUUCAUUUGGAUCCUCAAAAAAUUUCAUAUGAAGGCCAAUUCACGUACGAAGUCUGCCGAGCAUCGUGA